AUUCUUUUCGGACCGAAACAAUACAAACCAACUGUUGUGUAGAUAUGGGAAACGAAAGACUUGGCAUCUGUUGGGCACUGUCCUCGUGUCCGCGUCCUUCCCUUUUAUUUUCAACAAAUGUAUAAACUGUGAAAGUGCAUCAGAAAUGUCACAAAUUAUUUAUUAUGGAUUCUUCAUUGUGAUCUUCCAAUUCGGAUGGGCUGCCGUACAAGUGGGUCACGUCUCACUCAUUACUGAUUUGACUCAAAACACUAAAGAAAGAGUUGAAUUGAAUGCUUACAGACAAGCGGCAACAGUUGCCUCAUCGAUAUGUGUCUAUACAAUCGCAUGGUUUAUAUUCAGUCGAAAAGGAGACUCUAUUAUAACGAAAGAAGAUUCCGAUAGUUUUACUGAAGUCAAAGCUUCAACACCUAAUACUAAGACAUCAAACCAAUCGCUUUAUAACUCAUCGGAUGAUUUGGUUAACAAUAAUCAGUACCGCAAAAGAAUUUGUUCCGUGUCUUCCGUAUAUGAAUGCAAUGGAAAGGAUGAAUGCCUUAAAGAUUACACCACUUCUAAGACUUCUUUCUCAUCCGGAAACCCAGAGAAUGGAAAUAAAAAGUCU